AAAAAAGACGAUAAACAGAACCCUUCCGACAUCCAUAUCUUGUCCACAAACACACAUCCACCCGCCUCCUCUAAAAUGCCGCCAAAAAAGAAACCCGCAUCCGCCAGCGGUGCCAAAAAGAAAUCCAAGAGUAAAGAAGUAGUUGGCCAGGAUCUGGAACUCCAAGAAAAACUCGUGAAAGCCGCAGCGGAGAAUGAUGCGCUCACCAGGGAGCUCGCCCACCAAUCCAGCCUCUCGCACCGUCUCCAACUCACCAUCGAGGCCCAGCGCGCGCGUAUAUUAGAGUUGGAAGACGUGGUGGAACGCAAAGGGAAGGAUCGGAUGGAUCUGAGCACAGACAUGGGGCGGCAGUACAAGGCGAUGCAGAGCGAGAUGUGUGCGAAGGUGGCGGGGUUGGAGGGGGUUGUGGCGGAGUUGGGAGGGAGGUUGGCGGCCUCCCAAGCAGCCCUAGCCGAAUCCCUCCGCGAACGCGCGCAGAUCGUCGCUGAAAAAGAAACCGCGCUCGAAGACCAGCACCAGAAGAUGUCGUACAUGUCCAACGAGUUUGAAAGCAUGCUCAAUGAAACACUAGGGAAAAUGCACAAGAAACUCGAAACGGUCAGCCAGCGGUGGAAGGAGAGCGACAACAUCCAUUUAUCGGAUGUCAACCAGCGGCGGUUGGCGGAUUUUCAUCUAACGAGGUUGACGUUGGGGAAGACUGAGUAGAUCAGAGGGGUGUGGGUGCGUGCGGGGACGGGUGUGAUUGAGGUGUUGGGGAGCGGGAUGGAAGGUGAUGUGUGGGUUUUGAUUGGAAGGGGUGUAUGUAGAGGGCUGAGACACGGUCGUGCAGGAGGGAACGGCCCACGAUAACAAAAAUGGGAUUGAAUGAAACGAGCCAGACACCAUCAAUGCCUCGAAUGCGGAUCAAGCAGGGGCUCGGUGACCCAACCGUAACGCCCAGUGUAAGGAAAAUGUCAUGUAUGUAAUAAAGUAAGACUAGACCCAAAACAGAACAAAAAGCAGUCCCUGAAAAGUGCCAGCAACAACCCCAAAAAAAUCUGCGUCUUCUAA